AUGGAGGUUGAGAGCACGCGACGUACGCGGCGCGAAGCGUUACCGUUAGAAUCAUGGGCAGACCCUACUGUGGCCGACGGGUCGUCCACAGCGACAGCCUUCUCCGCCGCUGCAAGCUCUGCUGCCGCGAGGAGCCAAUCGAAACGACGAGGGGAGGCGCGACGAGAGGAGGGGGGGCGCGCCGAGGGCAAGAGAAGCGCGACGUGGGAAGGCGCCACGAGGGGUGGCGCAAAUGAGAGGGGAGGCGAGACCAGGGGAGGCGCGACCAGGGGAGGCGCGACCAGGGGAGGCGCGACCAGGGCGACCAGGGGAGGCGCGACGAGGCGAGGUGCGUGGGUAAGCGUGGGGCAGGAGGGGAGAUUUCGGGGAGAGGAGGAGGGUCCUAGGAGACAGGAAGGGCAUGAGAAGAGAGAGGGCAGGGCAAGUCGUGGACGGGCGCGCAGGCAGGAAAGACAAAGCGAGUUGAGCAGGUUCAGUGGUUAUGGGAGACACGAGAGGGCCGGGCGGUGGGAGGGAGCGGAAAGGGAGGGAGGUGCAAAAGGGGCAAAGAGGGAAGGGAAGGGGGACGGUGGGAGGCGAUGGGGAGCGGUUACGAGGAGUGUUGGGGAAGCAGAGGGAGGGAAUUGGAGGGGGGCGGAGGAGGAGGGAGGAGAGGGAAGUGGAUGGAGCAGGGAGAGGUUUGGGGCAUCUGACGGCGAGGCGUGUGGAACUCAAGGGGCUCCUGCUGUUGGGAAAGCAGCAGGCGGACGAGGGGAGACGGAUGGGGAAGAUUCGAGGGAGAGAGCGUGGGGAGAGAGUGAAGGCGAGGCAAAGGAGCGGAAGCUUGGGGAGAGGGGAGCGGUGGAGGGGGGAGGCGGGAAGGGGUAUAGCGAGAACAGGCAGAGGGAAGGUGGUGGCAUUGCAGCAGGCGGAGGAGAAGCAGAUGGGGAGAGCAGCAGAAAGGGAGUGGCGGAAGAGGGGGUACAGCAAGGGGGGGCAGAAGGAGGGGAGGGCGGAGUGAGGGGAGUGGCGGAGGUGGCGAUGCAGCAAGGGGGAGUGGGCGUCACGGGCUGGGAUGACGUGUUCUUUGCUGACGUGGGCGUGACGUGGCAGAGCCUGGGGCUGCAGGGGGAGGUGGAGGAGGCGAUGUGCAGGGCAGGUUUCGAGCGGCCGUCAGCCAUUCAGGCUGGCGCCAUUCCCCAGAUCUUAUCCGGAUCAGACGUGGUGGUGGCUGCUGAAACGGGCAGCGGGAAAACGCAUGCCUACCUGGCACCUGUGCUGAGUCAUGUGCUGACGUGGCGCGAGGAGGAGAGACGGAGGGAGAUGGCAGAGAGGGAAGAGGAGAAGGCGGGUGAGGAGGAGGGGAGUGAGGGGAGGAGUGAGGGAAGGAGUGAGGGGAGGCUGGGAGAGGAGGGAGAGGUGGGAGAGGUGAGGAGGAGGAGGGUGGGAGCACGCAAGUUUGCUCUGGUGCUCUGUCCCAACGCUGCCCUGUGCCGCCAGGUGGGUCAUGGGGAUUGCAUUGUCUCUGCUUUCCUCCAUGCCAACAAUGCCCGCCAUUCCCUGCCAUGCCUCACAUUCGUCCCCAUGCGUCUAUGCCCGCCGCCCGCCACACCACAGGUCAUGGAGAUGGCGUUGUCGCUCCGCACCGCACACAACCGCCCCUUGCUCGCAGUGGAGGCUGUCGUUGGUGGGCAGGCGUGGCCCUCCUCUCCCCCCGACGUGGUGGUAGCGACGCCAGCGGCGCUCUUCAACCAUCUCUUUGCGUUCGACCCGCAGCAGCGCCGCCGCUCCGCGUUCGUGAGGGACGUGGCGCUGGUGGUGGCGGACGAGGCCGACAUGCUGCUGGGCGGGGGGUACGCCCGGAUCGUUGGCCGCCUGCUCGGGCUCUUCCGAUUGGACGAGAAGGAGCGCUCCGAGGCUGCCAGGCUGGCGGGGGGAUCUGGUGUUAGGGAAAGAGAGGAGGAAGGGAGGGAGGAGGAUGAGGAGGUGCAUUGGACCGAGAUGGUUCCAGAGGUAGUUCAGGAACAAGGCGAGGGACGAGCGCACAAGGCUGUUGCUGUUGCUGCUGCCGCUGAUGCCUCGUCUUCAGCUUCUGCUGCUUACCAGGGCAAGAAGAGAGUGGUCGAGGGAGCGGAGGAGGGGGGAGGGUAUGGUGAGGCGGAUAGAGAGUGGAGUGAGGGGGAGGAGGGGGGCAAGCAUGGGGAGGAGAGAGCAGCAGUGCUGGAUGCAGCUGUGCGGCUGGGCGAGAGCGAGCGAGCCGCGGGCAGAGGGGGGAAGGUGGUGGUGAGAGUGCGGGAGAGUGCGAGGGAGGAGGGGAGUAGGAGGGCGAAGUGGGGGAGGAGGAGGAGGGAGUAUGCGCGGAGCAAGCAGUAUGUGUUUGUGGCGGCCACCAUGCCGGUGGGCACCAAGAGGAGCGUGGGGGAGGUGCUGGCCCGCCAGUUCCCUGCCGCCGUGUGGGUCAGCGGUGGCCUGCUGCACCGCCACAACCCCUUCGUACGGCACGACUGGCAUCAGGUGGAUGACAGCUCGAGAGCCGCUGCACUGCUCAGAGCACUGACUGGGCAGACAUAUGAAGGGGUGGAGAGCGGUGAAAAUGGUCCGCCGGGUGCAAAGCAGCAGGACAGCAUCCAACGGACCAUGGUCUUUGCCAAUGACGUGGAAUCGGUGGACGCCAUUGGCCGGCUCCUCCAGCGCCACCUGUCCACCUCUGCUGCUGCUUCGUCAGCAGGAGUAACCGAUGACGGGGCCACAGGAGGAGCUGCUGACGUGGCAGCAGGGAGAGCUGCUGACGUGGCGUGGUGUGCGGUGUACCACAAGGACGUGCCACUGGACGAGCGGGAGCGCGCACUGAGAAGGUUCCAAGAAGGAGGGGGCGUGCUGGUGUGCACUGAUGCUGCUUCACGGGGAAUUGACGUGGAGCAUGUGUCUCACGUGGUGCAGGUGAGCAUGUGUCUCACGUGGUGCAGGCAGGGCGGGUCACGGCUGGCAGGGCGAAGAGUGGACAUCAAACCGAAAUUCACUGCACUCAAUUUCUUCCCUUUCUCGAUCGGCCUCCCUUCAAGUGUCUUCCUCUGCCAGGCUGUGUUUGCUCUCAACGGGGCAGAGCAGGGCUUGCCAACUCAAAUUACCUGCUUCCCCCUCGCAACCCCCACUUCUUCUUCCUUCACCUCCCAGGCCGAGUUCGCUCUCAACGCUGUGGACUUUCUGCACCGCGUGGGCCGGACUGGCAGGGCGGGCAGGCCCGGGCGCGUCACGAGCCUGUACACAGCUGGCAGCGCGCCGUUGGCUGAGGCCGUGAGGGCAGCAGUGCUUCAGAGGGAGAGCACGGAAAGUGCAUUCAGCCGCAAGCGAAGCUUCCGCAAGAAACUGAAGAAGUAUGGGGGAAAGGAUUGA